AUGUUAUUAUUAUAUAGAAUAUUAAAUUUGGGAGGAGAUUAUAUUGUUGCAUUUUCAACUGUAAUUUUUUCAGUUUUGAUAUUGAUUUUAACACCAAUUUUUACAUUGGUUAACUUAAUCAGAUAUAAAACAUUUAAAUCUCCAAAAAAUAUUGUUAUUACAGGCAUGUAUCAUAGUGCAUCAAGUGGUAUUGGAUAUUCAUUAGCAUUGCAUUACUCUAAACCAGGUGUUACCAUUUCAUUGUUUGGAAGAAAUGAAACCAAUCUUUUAAAAUGUAAAAAAGAAUGUGAAGCUAAAGGGGCUGUCGCAGAAGUUAAUAUUGCUGAUAUAACUGAUAGAAAAACAAUGACCAAGUAUUUAACUGAUUUUGAUAGUAGAUACCCAGUCGAUUUAUUAAUUGCUAAUGCCGGUAUUUAUGAAUCACAAUUACCAAAUGAUUUUAGUUUCGAAGAAAAAACACACAUAUUAUCAGAAACUAAUGUUAAUGGUAUGCUUAACACUGUUUUACCACUUUUAUCAAAGUUUGAAGAACGUAAAGGUGGCCAAAUUUGUAUUACAUCCUCAUUAUCAUUUUAUGUGGACUUUUUCUUCCCAGCUUAUUCUGCAUCAAAAUCCUUCAUCACCUCGUUCGCAUUCGCCCUUAGAAAGAGAAUGGCUGAAUUUGGUGUAGGUGUCAGUGUUAUUGUUCCAGGUUUCAUUUUAACCCCAUUGACCGAUAGCUUCAAGAAACAAGGUUUAAUGUAUUUAAAUGUCGACCAAGCAGUUAAAAUAAUUGCCAAUGGAAUUAAAUACAAUAUGGCUCAAAUUUCUUUCCCAUUCCCAGCUUUACUUUAUGGUAUUUGCUACAGUAUUUCACCACCAAAUUUCCGUGGAGCAUUCUCAUAUUUAGUUUCAUGGGCCAAUAAAGAUAUUCAAACCUUUGACCAAAAAGAUAAAAAUAAUUAA